CUACAACUGGAGAAGGAAACGGAGACGAAACCUCAGACCGCUUGGAUCCAGAUAGGAGUCACAUCUACACGCCCAGAGACAAAAUCAUUAAUUCUGCAGAAGACGAUAUCAUCUCUCGGUUCAUGGCUGCACUGUUAGGCGAGGAACCGAGGUUGGGCAGCACGCCGCUGGCAAUGCUGGCCGCCACCUGCAGUAGAAUCGGGGACCUGACCCCGUCCUGCUCCCCUGCUCUGUCAGAUGGAGCCCCGGGACUGACCAAAGGCUUUCACCCCUGGAGAAAGACUUCCCAGGCCAACAGCAGCGCGAUCGCAGUUUCGUCAGGGAUCUCCCGGAUAAAUGGUCCAGGGCUGACAUCGGAGGCCUCCAGCGCCUUCUCAGUGGCACUUCCAAACUCUUCUCCUGGAAGUGAUUUUUCGCUGUACCAGAGCGCCGCGUCGUCCUCAGAUUACAGUGUUUCCGAUUCUGCGUCCGCGCAGCGUCCCGUGUUCGUGCCAAAAUUUGCGCCCUCUAUGGAGGGGAUAGCAGGGAUUUAUCAGAGGAUGCACCCUUAUGAUUCCUGGCUAAAGCCAGCCGGGGAGGUCAGCAACGGGUCUGCUGUGUGGUGGGACAUGGGCGCUAGCUGGAUGGACUCGCAGAACCCCGCCGGGUUACAGUGCGCCUUGAGCGGCUACAGUAACGACUACAGCCCUGCCUUCAGCGCCGGUGCGUCUCAGCACCAGCUCCCCGGCGCGCAGCACCUGUUUGACGGCUUCCGGCCACCUGCCUACACGGAGUCUACCAACGCGGCGCCUCCUACGACAGGGACCCCCACCGUUUCUCUGGCCACACCCUCCCGGCCCUCGUCGCGCAAAUACUCCGGUAGAGCCACCUGCGACUGUCCGAACUGUCAGGAGGCGGAGAGCCUCGGCCAAGGGGGGUUGAGUCCACGGCGGCGGGGCGUGCAUAGCUGCCACAUCCCGGGCUGUGGGAAAGUUUACGGCAAGACGUCCCAUCUGAAGGCGCACCUGCGCUGGCACACCGGCGAGCGGCCGUUCGUCUGCAACUGGCUCUUCUGCGGGAAGCGCUUCACCCGUUCGGACGAACUCCAGCGGCACCUGCGCACGCACACCGGCGAGAAGCGCUUCGAGUGUCCUCUGUGCCACAAGCGGUUCAUGCGCUCCGACCACCUCAGCAAACACGCGAGGACGCACAGCCCGGGGGGCUCCGAGGGCGGCGCAGAGCCGGGGUCCCAGCGGGAGAGCGCCGACACGGACGGCGGCGUCGCCCGUUGCCCAAUAGAGUCACCAGGGCUGCGUGCGGGCGGACAGAGCGCUAAGAUCGAGAGAUCAGCGGACUAAUCCAGUCGUGACAUGUGGGAAUUUGAUGAAAGCAGUCUGAAACGGGGUUUCUUUGGACACUGGAACACUGAAAUAGCACUUUAUGGUUAACUUCAGUUGUGAAGUGUUGUGAACUCUCCUUACCUCAUCUGAUAAUUGUAGACUAAAAAAUAUAUGUGUUUAUUACGGUUCCUUUUAGACAUUUUUGAUACAUGUGCCUAAUUUAUUCCAUGCGUUUUUCAUAUACAAUAAGCAUCCUGAUACAUAAGUAUGCAAAUAUUUAAGUUUAUGUCCAUCUAAAAUAUCUUACGAUAAACAAGUACAUUUUUUAUAAUCUAUCGAUGCUUGUACCUGGUAUUAAUAAAACAGGAGAAUUUUGUACGAUG